UUUGGGUGGAGGGCGCAGUUUUCUUCUCGGCUGCUGUGUAUAUGUUUGAAGGGAAUCCCCCACCGCACUUCCUCCCUUCCCCCAAAGCUUUCUUUCUACGCCCCCCCUCUCUCUCUCGGCUCUUCGCACGUUUCUCGCUCGUCCUCGGCAACCCACUUUUUCGUUGUUGCCGGAUCGAUUUCCCUGCGGAUUCCUAUCUACUUUGAUUUCCCCGGCUCUGAGAUCUCAAUUUGAGUGGUGCGUGCUUUAGAUCCUUCCGAUGGAGGGGAAUAGUUGGAGGCCCGCUCAGGGGGAGAGCGCCGCCGCCUCGGAUGGGGGAUCCGGCGACUGGAGGACCCAACUCCACCCGGAGGCGCGGCAAAGGAUUGUAAAUAGCAUAAUGGAAACUUUGAAGAGGCAUCUGCCUAUCUCUGUGCCCGAGGGCUUAAUUGAACAUCAGAAAAUUGCUACUCGGUUUGAGGAGAAGAUAUAUACUGCAGCUUCUGAUCGGUUUGAUUAUUUGAGGAAAAUUUCUCUAAAAAUGCUUUCAAUGGAGAAUAAGUCUCAGCAUUCUGCUUCAAUUAACCCUUUAAUAUCCAACAGCGCAGUUCUCAACCAAAAUUCUGCAGACCCAGCAUUGCUUGGUGUACAAUCACAAGCCAACCAAGGGCAACCAUUAUCUGUCUCUAUGGUGAAUCAACCUUCAGCAAGGCAACAAAUUUUGUCCCAGAAUAUUCAGAACAACACUUUGGCCAUGGCACAAAAUCCUGCCAAUCUUUCCUCUGCAUUUAAUUUAGCUAGAUGCACUUGUUUCUUUGUUCUAGCAUUAGGUGUUUUAGUAUUUGGAUUUUUUGCAUUUGGGCCUUUAUGGGUAGUACUGUUUUAACUUUUAACAACAUAUGACCCGUCAGCAACCGAGUGUUUUCUCUUUGAAUUCGUUUGACCUGGUAUUCAAAUGUUGUGAAUUUUCAGCAUGUCUCCACAUAAUUAAAGAAACCUGGUUGUCACCUGAAAAGUUAUAUGCAACCAAUGUUUUCUCGGCAUAAUCAUAACCAACUGAGAGCAAAGAUUCACAAUCCAUUAGAGAUUUUUGUUUCCUUCCAAUCUAAUUUUGACUUAUUUCCAUUUAUCAUCCAUGAUC